GCGCUCCGUCGACGUCUCGAGACCCGGUUGUCUUCCGCUGCCGUCAGGAGAUAUUGGACCCUCUGAAUACUGUCCGAUCAUCUCUGGAUAAAAAUCUGUUUUCUAGUGUGAACUGUGGGAAGAAAGGAUUGUUGAUCUGUGGUUUUCCUGCUUGAAGGACACAAUGUUUUCCAAACUGUCACAUUUGCAGAAGGUUGUGGUGCUUGGUCGUGGAGUUCAUUCUUCAGUGGCUUCUGCUACAUCUGUUGCAACUAAAAAAACAGUCCAAGGCCCUCCAACCUCUGAAUACAUAUUUGAAAGGGAAUCUAAAUAUGGUGCACACAAUUACCAUCCUUUACCGGUAGCCCUGGAGAGAGGAAAAGGUAUUUACUUAUGGGAUGUAGAAGGCAGAAAAUAUUUUGACUUCCUGAGUUCUUACAGUGCUGUUAACCAAGGGCAUUGUCACCCCAAGAUUGUGAAUGCCCUGAAGAGUCAAGUGGACAAACUGACUUUAACGUCCAGGGCUUUCUAUAACAACGUGCUUGGUGAAUACGAGGAGUACCUCACUAAACUUUUCAACUACCACAAAGUUCUCCCUAUGAAUACAGGAGUAGAGGCUGGAGAGACUGCCUGCAAACUGGCUCGUAAGUGGGGCUAUUCCGUGAAGGGAAUUCAGAAAUACAAAGCAAAGAUUGUUUUUGCAGCUGGAAACUUUUGGGGUAGGACUUUGUCUGCUAUCUCCAGUUCCACGGACCCAACCAGUUAUGAUGGUUUUGGACCAUUUAUGCCAGGAUUUGAAAUCAUUCCAUAUAAUGAUCUGUCUGCACUGGAGCGUGCUCUUCAGGACCCAAAUGUUGCCGCGUUUAUGGUGGAGCCAAUUCAGGGCGAAGCGGGUGUUGUUGUUCCGGAUCCCGGCUACCUCGUGGGAGUGCGAGAGCUCUGCACCAGGCACCAGGUUCUGUUUAUUGCUGAUGAAAUACAGACAGGAUUGGCCAGAACUGGCAGAUGGCUGGCAGUGGAUCAUGAAAACGUCAGACCUGAUAUAGUCCUUCUUGGAAAGGCCCUUUCUGGGGGCUUAUACCCUGUGUCUGCGGUGUUGUGUGAUGAUGAAAUAAUGCUGACCAUCAAGCCAGGGGAGCACGGGUCGACAUACGGCGGCAACCCCCUCGGCAGCCGGGUGGCCAUUGCAGCCCUUGAGGUAAACGCUGGCACAGCCAUCCGGUAUCUGUCAUACAUGUUUCACCAUUUUUCUUUAGAUUGUGAUGCUUGGAAGGUGUGUCUGCGGCUUCGAGAUAAUGGACUUCUGGCCAAGCCAACCCAUGGCGACAUCAUCAGGUUUGCACCUCCGCUGGUGAUCAAGGAGGAUGAGAUUCAAGAGUCUGUUGAAAUCAUUAACAAGACCAUCUUGUCUUUCUGAGGGCCCCUGGGGCCUGCUGGAAACAUGUUCUAUGAAAGCUCUGCUCUUAAUGCAGGCACGUUCCACUCCUACAUGUCUUCAAAGACUUUUUUUUGAAAUAUAUAUUUUUUUCAGUUGAUACAUAAUAGAAUGACAUUUACGAGCCUGCCGUUUGCUGUGUAACAUACCUAAGAGAAUAUAAUGGCAUCUAUAUUCAGUGCAGUGUUUUUAUGUGUGUAUAAUCUAUCUAUAUAUAGGCAGCCAUUAAAUCAAGUCCUUUGGUAUAAUUUAUAUAUGUUUUUAUAAUUUCCUUGCUGGUAUAUAUAUUUCAUAUUUGAAAGAGUUAUCUCCAGGGUAUUACAUAAAAGACUUGCUUAACCUUAUAAAGUUGAAUCAUUGUAUGGUUAAUGGGUGCAAAAGUAUAGUUAGAUAGAUUGAAAAAUAU